GCGCGCCGCCCCGCCCUUCCCGGCCGCCUCCGGGGGUCGGAGCGGAGACAAAGGGCGGCUCCGCCCCGCCCCGCCCCGCCCCGCUUAUAACGCGCACCGCUAAAAAAAAACACCCCCAAACAACAAAAUAAUAGUAAUCCCCGCACCGCAUGGCUGCUCCAUGGCUGGGGAGGAAGAGGAGGUGGGUGGGGGAGCGGCUGGCAUGGCGGGAGGGCAGCAGGGUGGUGGUGGUGGUGGUGGUGGUGGUGGCACCUCCAAUGGUAGAGGCACCUCCAGUGGUGGUGGUGGCACUUCCAAUGGUGGUGGCACCACCAAUGGUGGUGGUGGUGGUGGUGGCACCUCCAAUGGUGGUGGUGGUGGCACCUCCAAUGGUGGUGGUACCUCCAAUGGUGGUGGUGGUGGCACCUCCAAUGGUGGUGGCACCUCCAAUGGUUGUGUUGGUGGUGGCACCUCCGAUGGCAGUGGUGGCGGUGGCGGCUCCUCCAAUGGUGGUGGCAUCUCCAAUGGUGGCGGUGUUGGGGUGUCAAUGAAGAUGGCGUUCCGCCGCGCGUACUCCAUCAAGGACAAGCUGCACGCCAUUGAGAGGGUAAAGAAAGGAGAACGGCAGGCUUCGGUGUGCCGGGCUUUUGGGGUGCCUGGGGGAACCCUACGGGGUUGGCUGAAGGAUGAAGCCAAGCUGCGUUGGUUCCUAGAGCAGCUGGGUGGAGAGGUGGGCACCCAACGCAAGAAGAUGCGGUUGGCCAACGAAGAGGAGAUAGACCGUGCCGUAUAUGCGUGGUUCCUUGCACUCCGGCAGCAUGGUGUACCACUCUCUGGGCCUCUCAUCCAAGCUCAAGCAGAAGCCUUUGCCCGUCAGAUCUACGGCCCCGAGUGUACCUUCAAGGCAAGUCAUGGUUGGUUCUGGCGUUGGCAGAAGCGUCACGGCAUCUCCAGUCAACGUAUCUACGGUGAAGGAGCUCUACAUGCUGAACCCGAACGCGCUUCCGUCGCCCAUCCCAACCUCCCACCAACACCAGGUUCUGACACUGGAGGUUAUGGUGAUGAGCAGAUCUACAACGCCAACAUCACCGGGCUCUACUGGAAGCUGCUCCCAGGGCGGACAGCUCCUCGCCAACGCGUCACCGUGCUCUUGGCUGCCAACUUGACCGGUACCCACAAACUGAAGCCAUUGGUGGUUGGAGGUCUUCGUGAUCCCCCCAGCCUCUGUCAUCACAACCAGGAGAAAUUCCCCGCUGGGUAUCGCUACAGCCCCGAAGCCAGGCUGGGGCCGGCCCUUCUCCGGGUUUGGUUUUUCGAGGAUUUUGUGCCAUGUGUCAAACGCUACCUACGUCGGAGCUGCCUCCAGCAGAAGGCUGUGCUGCUUCUCACGUCCCCACCAUCAUCUGGGGGUCGUCAUGAGGAUCUCCCCCAGCUUCAGACCCCCGAUGGCUCCAUCCGCGCUCUUUUCCUCUCCAAAAGCCCAACUGGGAGCAGUUCCACCGGAGGAGGCAGCCGAAUCCCAGCCCCAUUGGAACAAGGGGUGGUGUCAGCCUUCAAGCAGCUCUACAAGCGGGAACUGCUGCGCUUGGCCAUCAGCGCUGGUGGCCCUGUGGAUUUUGCACGUUCCUUCCUCCUCAAGGACAUGCUCUAUUUGGCUGGCCUCUCUUGGGACCUCAUCCCUCCCAAUGCCAUUGAGAAAUGUUGGUUGUUGGGACUGCGUGCGGCCUUUGAGCCCCAACCUGGGGAAGAAGAGCGAGGAGGAGGCGGAGAUUGUGCAACCGGAGAGGAAGGCAAUGGAGAUGGCAAAGUUUUCAGUGAUUUGACCCAGCUGGCUGCAUUAGCCUACAAACGUUUGGCUCCUGAGGAGGUGGCCAACUGGCUGCACUUGGAUGAUAUGGCCCCAGGGACAGGGGAAGAUGAUGAGGAUGCCAUGGAGGAAGGCCCUGGGGGAUGCAAGGAGGAAGAGGAAGGAGCUGGUGGAGGGGGUAAUGAAGCUGGAGAAGGGGGAUCCCCUUUGAUGCCCACAGCCCACGAAGCCAUCAGAGGUCUGGAGACAGCUUUGCGUUGGUUGGAAGGCCAGGACCCCCGGAGGGUGGGACCACUGAAACUGGUGCAGCUCCGCUCCCUCAUCAGCAUGGCCCAGAGGCUGCACCAUGGCAGCAGCCCCGAUCCCUAGGGCAAGCUGGUCGAUCACCCAUUGGCUACUGAGCACCUUGCAUCCUUGGGACGCCUAUGUGGCUCUUGAGUUGCCUAUGGGGCUGGGAACACCCAUGGAUUUUGAGACACUCGUUGAAUUGGGGAUGCCCCACUGGGGCUGGAAACACCAGUGGGGCUGGGGACACCCUAAUUGUCCCAUGGGGGUUGGGACACUCAUAGGGCUGCAGAUGCCCAUGGAGCUUGGGACACCCAUGGGACUAGGGACACAUACUGAUGAUCCCAUGGGGGUUUGGGACAUCUAUGGGGUUGGGGACACCCUGUUGAUCCUAUGGGGUUGUCAGUGGAGGUCCCAGCAAUGGGGACUCAGCAAUUUAGGGCUCAUGGGAUUGGUUCUUUUGUGUGUGACACCCUCCAUACUUUGAGUAACUGAGGGUCAUUCCUCACCCUAAAUGUAUUUAGGAGGUGCUCUUUUGUAAUCCCAGGAUGGUCUCUGGGUGAUAGGAUGGGUGCCCUCUGCCAACCCUGCAGGGAAAUGGAGUCACAUUGGGACACUGGGGCAAACUGCUGCAUUUCCAUUUCCUGGGGUGCUUUCCUAAAAGGGUUGGUGGUACUCUUCCCGCUGCCAAAGUGUUUUCCUGCCAAAACAGGGAGAUAUGAAUUAAGCAGCUCUUUUCUCAACCUUAUUUUGUUAAAAUUUGAGCCUAAUUAUUGUAAGAAUGGGGGAAAAAAAUCACUAGAGCUAACUUGUGGGGUGGGUGUUUUUACUUGUUGUCUUUGUCUCCUAACUUCAGAGUUUAUGAAGAUUAAAUGGAUUUUUAUUCCUGCUCUGA